GAUCGCCUGCAUCACAAAAGACCAAGAGGUUAGUUAGUCUACACAGUGUUUUAUAUGACCUAACACAAGAAAUAGCAUAUUGUAAACAUCCACUUGACACAGGCUUGAAAGAAUCGUUUAAAAAGACAGUUUACUCCCAUUUCGUUUCCUUUAGCAUUUUGCAGUUAAAUACAUUUCUUUGUCUUUCGCUUUUACAAAGUUUUACCUUCAAGACGCGGUCAUCUAAUCCCAUUUCAUGAAACUGUAACCUUUCUUCUGCCAUUUCUGCACCGCAAACACGUGCGUCGCAUAUGUUUUACGCAAUCAAAGUAGGAGGGUCAGGGGAGCACGCUGCUGGCCGCGGCUGCGUCAAUCUGCGUCCAUCUACUUCAGUUUUUGCCCUCACUCCUAAAAAUCUUAACACGUCGUUUACUCCGAUGUAAUAACCACACAGCGUGGGCCUCAAGUUCAAUAUGACCAAUAAAAACAUCUCUCUCUCCCCUCUUCUAUAUUUCCUUUGAGGGUGGGAUAUAAAGCCAUAGAAGUAUAGAUCCAUGUAUAAAGCCUACAGCAGAAGAGGAAUCGAUAUGGCGUAUCGAUUCUUUGUUCUGCUGUCUUCCAGACAGUAGAUGGCGACAAAGGGAAAGUUAUGUACGUAAAGUCUUUUAGUUUAGUUACAUAAUCUCUUCUACAGAAACGUUGCUGAAAGAUCUAAAGAAAUAAGAACAGUACCAGUGGUAUUUGCUAAUACCACCGGCUGUAGCCAACGUCAUCUUGAUUAGACUUGUCCUUACGGUCCCAUUCUAUAUUAAUUUAAUUGGGUGCACUUUAAAUGUUUUUACCCACGUUUUCCUACAGCACGUAGGCUAUUUGUAUUUUCAAAAGCAGAGACUAGCAGCCUGUUCACACCGGGACCUGCAGAUGGUGAGCCACUGGUGGGGGAUGCAGAUGUCUGGUUGCUAGGCGUCUGCCUCCUCAUCCUCCCACACCGACUAGACAUCAUGGUUGCGACGCUACUCAGCUCUUAAAUACUGGCAAAACAAAGACAGGAAAUACACACAAGCAACGAGAGUGGUGUUAUUCAUUCAGAAUAAAUGGCGUUUAUGUCCCGGUUUUCCCGGUCAAGGAGCAGCUCCAGAUCCCCCAACAGGAAAGACUCCGAGCGAGCGUCCCCUGUCCUGUCCGUGUCCGAGCUGGAGAGACUGCUGUACACUGGGAAAACUGCGUGUAACCAUGCAGAUGAAGUGUGGCCACGGCUGUUCAUUGGAGACCAAGACAUCGCUUCUGACCGCAGAGAGCUGGCGAAACUUGGUAUUACACACAUUCUAAACUGUGCCCAGAGUAAAUGGCGAGGAGGAGCAGAAUAUUAUGCCGGGAUGAGCAUUACCUACCAUGGUAUUGAGGCUCAUGACACCCCCACGUUUGACAUGAGUGUGAACUUCUAUCCUGCUGCAGAAUUUAUUCACAAAGCCCUCGUCAAUGGAGGCAAGGUGUUAGUACACUGCACUGUGGGAGUUAGCCGCUCUGCCACGCUGGUGUUAGCCUAUUUGAUGAUCAGACAGAACCUGACUCUGGUGGAGGCCAUUAAGACUGUAAAGGACCACAGAGGUGUCAUCCCAAACAGAGGGUUCCUCCGUCAGCUCAAUGGGCUGGACAGCAUCUUGAGAGAGAGUAGAAAGACAUCCCCACAGAGCUGAGAGUCAACAACAAGUGAGCAGCCAACUUCAAGUUAUUAAACUCUAUGGACUAAAAAGUUUGUUUCAAUUUAUGGUGCACAUAAUUUAUUCUUAAUUCAUUGCACCGUGGCUAUUGAGAAAACCAAAUUACAUCCUUAAAAUAUUUGAACCAAAAUUAUUAGAAAAGAAGAUUUUAAAUUUACAUAAUAAGUUGAGUAAUUCUUUCAGAAAUAUUUAUCAUUGUCAACUAAAACCCAUACGCCCAUCUUUUUGUAGCAGGAUUUAUUUGUUCAUGGAACAACCAACAUAAUUUUCAACUUGGUAGUAUGGCAUCAAAGACAAUAAAAACACUACAUAUCUAUUAAAACAACAAAACUGUUGAUUAUGUUUUGAGAAAACU